CGUGCACUGAUUUAAUUUUUGAGAUUUUUCGUGUUUAAUGUGACAAAAACCCCACAAAAAUAUGUUAAAUUCAAAAUUAAUUACUCACGAAAGAAGAAAAUGAUAAAAUUUGGUGAAAAAUUUGCAAAAUAAGUUGGAUUUAAGGAGAAAUUAAGGUCUGUGACACCUGUACGAGGAACUGUAUUGCACUUGUUGUACUGCAACUAUUGUUAAAAACUGAAUAAAGGGCAAAAAACAUCACAAAAGGGAUAUUUUUCGGAUUCGGAAGUUCGUUAAAUGAUGAAAUCCAAUUCGAAUCGUCGAUUUUGAGGACUUUUAUUGAAGAAUUUCGUAAAGAAAAUUGAAAUUUGAAGAAGACCAACUUGAAGUUUUGGUGAAAUUUGAUACUUUUUAUGUUUAUGUAGCACAAACACAGCAUCCAUUGAAGAUGAGGAGAUAACUUGAACACGAAAAAUAAACAAAAAAAUGUCUUCCACACUGAAUAAUAAUAAAAAAUUGUCGUCACAGACAUCGAAUCAGCAUGUCGUCGUGUGUUGGGAGAAGUUUGAAGACAACCAAUGGAUUCCUUAUUCGCCGAAUAUCAGUCAAAAUCUCGAAAGGGCAUUCUUUAAGAAGCUGACGAGAGUUAAUCUCACGGAUUGCGAAGGCGGCGCAGAUGCUGAUGGGCGAAAUUCGGGCUUGUUAUACGUGAAUAUGCGAACAAUGAAGCAAAGUAGCGACGAUUUGAUGUUCCAAUCACUGAAUGUGCGUCGUCAGUUCUAUAAAUGCGUGUGUCCCGGCGGCAAAGGCAUCAAAUGGGAAUGGAAUGACGGCGGUUUAUGGCGAACGUACAACAUGGAAGUGCAACAAGUGAUCGAAGAGGCAUGGACAAAGGGCACAGAACGCGUUGAAUUCAGCAAAACUUACUUGAGACUUCCGUUUUCGAUUAAUUUUUUGAAUUUAACGCAAGUUUCGGACGGCGGAAGGACUGUAAAGAGUGUUCGUCGCAUCCAACAAGCACCAUAUCCGAAGUUAUCGAUCAAAAAUGAAGCUGUUGCGAAAAGUUUGGAGAUGCUGGAAAUCUCAUCACGCACAAAUCCGCGUCCAAAACCCGUUUAUCAACCUUCGAAUCAACAAAUUACGACACUGCCGUCGACAAAAUCUUCAAAACGCGAGAAAUCUCAUCAUCAUCAAGAGUCACAUUCGGGUCCAAGUAACAUUGCGAGACAAAUUUUGAAUUUUGUGUCGAAAACAUCAGGCACUAAAUUCGGUACACAUAAAAAUGGGCCUUCAGAACAUCAACCGAGAUCACGAGUGAGACAAAAACACUCCCAAGAUACCGACAGUAGUAGCGUAAAAUCGAAUCGCCGUCCCUCCGUUGAUACAGUUUCAACAUAUUUGACGAAUUUUUCGCGCGAAAGUCAGGAUUACGGAUGCGGAAGUGUUCAGGAUUUGUUAGAUUGCAGCAUUGAAGAUGAUGUUUUUGGUCCCGCGAGCAUUUGUUCGAGUGUUUCGAGUCAAAAGCUGUCGAAUAACAACACGCAACAGCAACAAAAUGGACAAAUUGUGGGUAUUGACAACGCAAGUAACUAUCUGGCACGCUUUGUACGCGUUGUUGAUCCUUCAGAACCCGUUUCUGGUCCGUGUCCUUAUUGUUUGGAAGAGUUGAGAUUGAAUGCGCAAUACCCGACAGUACAAUUGGUGCGUUGUAAUCAUCUCUUGCACUUGAAUUGCUUGAACGAACUCAUCAUAAAUGGGCAGCAAAGUGCAAAACAGAAGAAUUUGUUCAUCGAAUGCCCGAUUUGUAUGACAAUUUACGGGAAAAAGAUCGGAAAUCAACCUUAUGGGACGAUGACGUGGUUUAAAGAUAGCACAGCGAACAUUCAAAUUGUCUACAAUUUCACAUCCGGCGUUCAAGAUCAAGAUCAUCCAAAUCCGGGUUGCAAAUAUUUUGCUGUUGGAUUUCCGCGAAAACAACUCUUACCCGACACGCCUGAAGGAAGAAAAGUUCUGAAAUAUCUCAAAAUCGCGUUUGACAGACGUCUUUUGUUCUCAAUUGGAUGCUCCGCGACGACAGGCGUUGAAGAUGUGAUUCAGUGCAACAAAGUUGACAUCAAAUCAUAUCAAGAUCCCAAUUAUUUACAACGAUGCAUGCAACAAUUACUCUACUUAGGAGUAACAGACUAAAUAAAAAAACGAAACACUGCCAUGAAUUAUUACAAAAAAAUACUUCCGAUGGUUUUUCAUGAAAUUUGAUGAUUUCUUGAGAUUCCAAGCCACUUACUGAGUGCAUUUUUUACAAGUUUUCCAUUUAGUUUUAAGAUUUUUUUUAGGGUUAAGUAGCAAAUUCCAUUUUUUAAACAGCAUUUAUUCCAGUAUUUUAUCGUAGAUUUAAGGAAAUUAUUCUAAAAUAGAUUUUAAGUGUCUUCCAAGAAAAAAAACAACUGUACUGUUCAAAAUUAGCCUUAAGAUA